AUGCGUUUUACAGUUCAUUCAAGGUUUCUUAUAGAUGAAUUCACCUUUGGGUUCGAACAACCUUUCUUGAUCCACUCUAGCACACGACAGCCAUUGUUCGUCUUUUGGAAUAAUUUACAUAUACACCCACUAGCCCAAUUAACUGGGGUACAUUCACUAGCCUCAGACGAAUUGCAAACUAGGUGUUUCUUUCCGUUGUUUAUACCAGACUCCGCCAGCGUCACAUAUAAAAACAAACCAAUGAAGGGACUCCGACCAAUAAACGACCGGCAACGGAAGUGGAUGCCACUACCCGAGGUCCUGCGGACAAAUACACCCGAACAGACAGUGGUAAUCGACAAAGUAGGCAUUCUGUUUUUACCUGGAAGCUCCAUUUCAGAACCCGUGCUAAACACCAUGUUGCGAGCAGCAGCUCGGUACUAUGCCACGCUGACCGGGAAGCCCGUAUCUACCGAAGAGGACGAAUUCCAAACAACUAUCGAACAUUGUCCGGAAGGACAAUCAUCACUAGAAAACUAUGGAUUUCAAAUCACGAAACGACGACCGAUGGAUUAG